AUGGUCGCCUUUAGAAGAGCAAUCGCUCUCAAUGCCGUCGCUGUUGCGCGGCUACAAUCCCGAGCCUUGACAGCCCGCUCUCGAUCCCUCGCCAUCGCCACAUCCCAGUACCGCGCCUACACAUCUGAGACUCCCCGACGACAAUACGCUUUCCAUUCCCAGCUCGAGAAUGCUCCCAACCCUUCGGCCUUCCAGUUCCAGCAGCCCCCUACUGUAGAGAACCCCCAGACCCUCGUCGAGAAGAUCGCCCAGAACUACGCUGUUGGCCUUGCGCCAGGCAAGAAGAUCAAGGCAGGAGACUACAUAACACUAUCGCCGCAUCACUGUAUGAGCCACGACAACACCUGGCCAAUUGCAAAGAAGUUCCUCGAAAUCGGUGCCUCCAAGGUCCAUAACAAUCGACAAGUUGUCUUCACACUGGACCACGAUGUUCAGAACAAGUCAGAGUCGAACCUCAAGAAAUACUCGCUCAUCCACGAAUUCGCCGAGAAGCAUGGAGUCACACACUACCCCGCAGGCAGAGGUAUCGGACAUCAGAUUAUGGUCGAAGAAGGUUACGCCUGGCCAGGUACUGUUUCUGUGGCUAGUGAUAGUCAUAGUAACAUGUAUGGUGGAAUCGGCUGUCUCGGUACUGCUGUAGUUCGUACGGAUGCCGCCUCUAUUUGGGCUACUGGACAAACCUGGUGGCAAGUCCCUCCUGUCGCCAAGGUUACUUUCACUGGUAUUCUCCCCCCUGGUGUUACUGGAAAGGACGUUAUCAUUGCUCUUUGCGGUCUUUUCCGCGACGAUCAAGUGCUGAACCACGCCGUCGAGUUUGCCGGCGGUGAGAGCCUCCCUAUCGACGACCGCCUGACAAUCUCAAACAUGACUACGGAGUGGGGAGCGCUCGCUGGUGUCUUCCCCGUUGACGAGAUGCUCCUCUCAUGGUACCGUGGCAAGGCUACCACUAACGCCAUGUUCGGCGGUUCCUCCAAGGACCGUAUCAACCACAAGCGAAUCGAUGAGCUGGAGCAGAACAUGUUGGUCGCCGACCCUGGUGCUACAUACGCCAAAGAGCUCUACCUGAACCUAUCUACUCUGUCACCAAUUGUUGCCGGUCCCAACUCUGUCAAGAUCGCUACUCCCCUGAAGAACCUCGAGGCCGAGGACAUUCCCGUUAACAAGGCUUAUCUCGUUUCCUGCACCAACUCCAGAGCCUCUGAUAUCGCCGCUGCUGCCCGUGUCUUCCGCGAGGCUGCUAAGGAGAACAAGGAGGCCAAGAUUGCUUCUGGCGUCAAAUUCUACAUCGCUGCGGCUUCGAUUCCCGAACAGGAGAUUGCUGAGGAGGCUGGUGAUUGGCAAGUCCUGCUUGAUGCUGGUGCUGAGGCUCUUCCUGCUGGAUGUGGUCCCUGUAUCGGUCUUGGAACUGGUCUUCUUGAGCCUGGUGAGGUUGGUAUCAGCGCCAGUAACCGUAACUUCAAGGGUCGCAUGGGUUCUACCUCUGCCAAGGCUUAUCUCGCCAGUCCCGAGAUUGUUGCUGCUAGUGCUCUCAAGGGCAAGAUCGCUGGCCCUGGCUGGUACCAGAAGCCUGAAGGUGUUGAGAAGGUCAUCAUUGGUGAGGGAAGCGGUGACUUUGUUGCCGACAAAGCCCUGUCCAUUGAGGAUGCUCUUGACAAGCUUAUUCGUGAAGCCGAUGCUAUGAUUGCGGCUGCUGAGAACGGCGAGGGUGCUGCCGAGAAGGCCAGUCCCGCUGCUACCGAGGGAGAAGAGUCCCUAACUGAGAUUCUCCCUGGCUUCCCCGAGAAGGUUGAGGGCGAGAUUGUCUUCUGCGAUAGCGAUAACAUCAACACCGAUGGCAUCUACCCCGGCAAAUACACAUACCAGGACAACGUCUCCGUCGAGAAGAUGGCUGAGGUGUGCAUGGAGAACUACGACACAGAAUUCGGCAAGGUCGCUAAGGCCGGCGAUAUCCUAGUCACCGGCUUCAACUUCGGCUGCGGAAGCUCACGUGAGCAAGCCGCCACCGCCAUCCUAGCCAAGAAGAUCCCUCUCGUCGUCUCCGGCAGCUUCGGCAACAUCUUCAGCCGUAACAGUAUCAACAACGCCCUCAUGGGCGUCGAGGUUCCCCGGCUAGUUGAGCGUCUGCGGGAGACAUACAAGGACGAUUCCGAGAAGCUCCUGACUCGUCGCACUGGCUGGAAGUUCCUCUGGGAUGUCCGCCGAUCCAAGGUGGUCAUCACCGAGAAGGAUGGUUCAUCGUGGGAGCAGAAGGUCGGGGAAUUGCCUGCCAAUGUGCAAGAAAUCAUUGCUCGUGGCGGUCUUGAAAAGUGGGUUAAGUCUCAGAUUGAGGCUUAG